UGUGUUGGCACAAAUAUAUUUAAUCCAGCAACUCUUCCCGUUGUUUCCUAGUUUUUCCCCUCAAAAUAUGACUCACAUAAAAAAAAAAAACUAUUUUAUCGUGUAGGUCUGUAAGUAUUUUUUUAUUUGCAAAAACAUUCGAUAAGUGAGUCCCCUUGGGGUCACCGUAGAAACUGAAGGGGUGUCCAAUGAGAGUGUGUUAUUUGCCGGAAAAGGCGGGGCUUAACGGAUGCGGGGAAAUAGGAAAGUUUUGCCUACAUGGUGUUUAACGAGGACUGAUUGCGAGAUCACUUGACUCUUAGAACCAGUGAAAUCUGAUGUAAUGGAUUACAUCAACGCGAAAUUUGUGUCGCAGAAGAUAAGUAAAACGCGAUGGAGGCCCGUCUCUUCUUCCUCCUUGCAGCAGCCAGAUAUAUUCGCUACAGGAUCUUGGGACAAUGAGGAAAACAAACUCUCUCUGUGGUCAGUGGGAGAGCUGGGGCUGUCCAGCAUGGAGGAGGACAUGGAAGGAGACCCACAGCUCCUGUGCGACAUCAGACACAAAGGAGAUGUCCUGGACCUCAGUUUUUUGGACCAAGAGAGGAUUGUUACAGCUUCGUCCACUGGAGCAGUCACAAUCUUCCGCCACCAUCCUAACAGCCAGACUCUUUCUGUUUCACAACUCUGGGACAGAGCACAUCACUACCCCUGUGACAGCGCUCCCUGUACAGGGGUGGUAUGCAACAGCCCAGAAAUUGUCACAGUCGGGGAGGAUGGAAGGAUCAUACUCUUCAGAGUGGAUCACAAAAGCAUCCUUCGCACUAUAGAAAAUGCUGACAGCAGCACUAUCCAUGCUGUGACAUUCCUGAGGACCACAGAGGUGCUAACAGUCAACUCCAUCGGCCAGCUGAAGCUGUGGGAUUUCAGGCAGCAAGGGAAUGAUCCUGUUCAGAUUCUUUAUCUAACCGGGGACAGAGUGCCCCUGCAUUCUGUGGACAGGCAUCCCAAUCAGCAGCACAUUGUGGCUACUGGAGGGCAGGAUGGCAUGCUGUGUAUCUGGGAUGUGAGACAUGGCAGCAUCCCUUUCUCUUUGAUGGAAGCACACUCAGCUGAAAUGUGGGAGGUGCAUUUUCACCCAUCGAACCCAGAUCACUUGUUCACAUGCUCAGAGGAUGGCUCCUUGUUGCACUGGGAGAGCUGCACAAAUUCUGACGCACCAUCAUUUUUGCAAGGUGGACGGAAUGCAAGCGUCAUAUCCCGCGGUGGAGUACCACAGGCCAUAGGCAAUCAGUCGCUGACCAGUUCCUGGCUUAGUGGGGAUUCCAGUAAGGGGCACCUUGAAACAACACACAUGUUGCCAAGCCAGACAUUGUCUGUGAACAGCCUGGAUGUGCUGGGACAGUGUCUCGUCUGUGGGACAGAUGGAGAGGCCAUUUAUGUGAACAGACAUGUCCCAGUGUAG